GCGCAACAUCGAUUAUCAACCAUUUUCGUAUCCUAAAGCCUAAUUCCGCUCAUUAUCCAGAGUUUUAUACGCGUUAUUAGAAUAAGAAGGAAUUAUGAGCAAAAAUAUGCGUGUCUACCAAGAAGUGACGGCAAGGUGAUGCUUUCUAUCCAGGAAAAGAUGCUGUUAUGUCAUUUUACACGUGAUACGCUGGCUAAAAGAGUGUUUUUAUCGUAAGUAAUAGCACAAAAAAUAAUGUUCCGAUUAACAAUCAUAUCCGUAUGCAAAAGCCCCUGACACAUACUUAUCUGUCAUUUUAUGUCACGUAACUAGAUCACUAAAACGCGUCCAUAUAAAUUCAAUAAUUUUUCAUCUCCCUAAAUAAUGGAAAACAACAACGACCUGGAAGGGAAGCUGAACAUGUUCCAGUCAAGGGUGGAUCAGGAGUACAAGGAGUUUGCAAAAAACGAUUUUAAUGUUAAAUUGGAGUAUUUUAAUUCGUUGAAACCGAUUCUGAGAGAGCGUGACGAUUUUAUCCAGGACCUGCCAAGUAGCGAUGAGGGCGCGAACUUUUGGGAGAAAGCCGCGCAGAACUGCCCAUCAUUCCGUGACCUUCUGCCAUUAGAAGAGGAAGAUUUCUCCAUAUCAUGGAUCGAGUCGCUGCGCUGUUGGUACGAAGAAAAUUAUGUCUGUGGUGUUGAGAUAGCGCUAUCAAGAAAUGAUUACCUAAACAAUAGAAGAUUAACCAAGAAGUUCAGCCUGCUCGAUCACACUUCUGAAGGCACCGAGCUCAAGGUCAAAAAGGAAGCCGAGUGCCUUUUGUUCGACUUUUUCCGAGAGAACGACUAUGAUUUGGAAGUUUUUGACAUCUUAUACGAGCUGUAUAUCAACGGGGCAUAUUAUUAUUGCAUGUGUGAUGAAUCAGACUCCACCGAAAAUAAGUAAACCUAAAGGAAAUUUGAAAAGGUGAACUUUUCUUCGCUAUUUUUUUCACCCUCCUCGUUUUUUGUAGGUGCCUUUUUGCUGAAAUCGUGCCUGAUCAAGUUGUGAUCCUUGGCGUAGUUUAUGACAUCAAAAUUGUUAAUCUCCUCUUCUGAUAGGCUGUACCGUUUA